AUGGAGGUAAUGACUACGAGACAGAGAACAGAUCUUGUCUCCAAUAUACCUGCUCUUAAGAAACUCGAUUUGAUGCUCAUCGAUUGUCUUGAUACAUUCAAGGAUCAGGAUGAGUUCUAUUACGUCACAACCGAUUCUCCGGAAUCUUUAAGCAAUAACUCGUCCAGGAACGAUGAUAAGUGGUGGCUUCCUUCAGUGAGAGUUCCACCUAAAGGCUUAUCUGAAACGUCGAAAAGGUUUCUACUGAGUCAGAAAGAAUGUGUGAGCCAAGUUCUCAAAUCCGCAAUGGCCAUAAACGCUGAAGUCUUGUCUCAAAUGGAAAUCCCUGAGAGCUACAUUGACUCACUUCCUAAGAAUGGGAGAGCUAGUCUUGGAGAUGCGAUCUACAGAAUGAUAACAUUAGACAUGUUUGAUGCAGAGCAAUUCCUUCUUGAAAUGGAUUUAUCAUCUGAGCACAAGAUUCUUGAUCUAAAGAACAAAUUCGAAGCUUCGGAUGUGAUAUGGAAGAGAAAGAUUUUGCAGAAAGACAACAAGUCGUCGUCUCCAUUUAGUACGAAUUUGAGUAUGGAUAAGAGACAACAGUUGGAAGAAAGAGCAGAAACAAUCUUGCUUCUUCUCAAACAAGAUUUCCCUGGGAUCUCUCAAUCCACACUUGACAUCAGCAAGAUACAAUUCAACAAAGAUAUAGGGUUAGCUAUAAUGGAGAGUUAUUCGAGGGUUCUUGAGAGCUUGGCAUACACGGUAGUAUCAAGAAUAGAGGAUGUUCUUGAAGCUGAUCAGCUAACGCAGGACCCUGAAAUCGCGGUUUGUAAGAGAUAUAUAGUGAAGGAAACAGAGAGUCCGAAGAAGGAAGAAGAACAAAACUUUUGUCUUUUAGAGGAUAGACCCAAAAAGCAGAAGCGUCCCAUUUCACUGUCACAGGUAAUGCAGUGGAAUAUGGAAGACCAAGAACAGUCCAAGAAAGAAAAGAACGAUGCGCCAUUCAAAGAAUCAGGCAAGAAACUGUUGACCAGAGUCUCAAGCAUGAUCAUGGCUAACAACAAGAAGACUGGUUCUUAUCUUGAAUCUCUUGGAACCACAAGGAGUCCAACCGCAGGGCGAUACUCUUGA